UCGAACAUGGAAGAACGAAGAAGUGAGUCGAAAGUGAAUAGGUGUUGGUUCGAGUUUGAGUGAUUAGUUUUGAAUUGGAUUUCAAACUAUUUCAAUUAAAUAUUAUUUAAUAUUACAAAACACAUUUUCAAAUUAAUUUUUGUACAAAGUCUGCAGAUUACAAUUAAAUUGAUAGCACGGUUAUCAGUAAAGAUAAGGCUUCAUCGGUUCCAAACUUGCAGCCGAAUUCUUAUCUUGAUUCCUUCUAUCCGGAAUACAGUAAAUUUUUCACGUACAUAUUAUUACUUAUUUUCUAUUAAAUUUUAAUUCCUGUGUAUAACUAAAAUUAUACUGAUUCAGCAACAUUUCAAAUGAAGAAAGUAAACCGUAAAAAAUACAAACCUAUCAGUUCGAUAUGUCGGCGUUAGAGGUUAGAACUGGAGACCCGUUUUUAGGCGGAAUGCUAAAUAAAUCCCAGCGAUUAAUGUUGGGACUGUUUGUGCUACUAUUAGUAGAUGUGAUAUGGGUUUCAUCAUCGGAACUGACAAAGUACAUCUACAAGAAUGCGAAGUUCGAAAAGCCUUUCUUCAGCACGUAUUUGAAGACUUCCAUGUUUUCCGUUUACUUGCUGGGAUUAUGUCUUUGGCCACCCUGGAGAGACCAAUGCAACAGGCCUUCAAAUUACAUGUACAUUGAACCUGAUAUGGACGAUGAGAGUUUUUAUACUGAAGCAAAUACUAGUCUUAGUGAUCCCACAUUCGUGCCGAUCAAGUUCCCAGAAAGAAAUGAAAGAAACUCCGGCACUGAAAGUGAUGACUCAUCAGUGCAGAGAUCUGUUCGAUUCAGCAAAUUGGCAGAGGUACGCCACAUGUCUGAGUCGGAUGCGAAGGAGGCGCUGCUGGCGCGUUUGUCGUAUCAGGCCAGUCUGCGAGCCAAUGACGCGGCGCGUCGACAAGCCUGCAAACUGGGCGUCGACAAGGUGGCCAAAUUGGCGCUUGUCUUCUGCCUGCUUUGGUUCGUCGCCAACUACACAUUCCAGGCAGCGCUGUCGGAGACAGAGAGCGCAGUGGCGACCGCUCUCUCUUCUUCGUCUAGUCUGUUCACGCUGCUGCUGUCUGCACUCUUCCCCUCCAACCUGGGCGAUCGCUUCUCUCUCUCCAAAUUGGUCGCCGUCUUUGUCAGCAUCUGCGGAUUGAUCCUUGUUAGUCUGUCCGACAUGUCGACAAAAGUGCAAGUUCCUUUUGGAGCAAUACUAUCCCUGAUUAGUGCUUUCUUUUAUGCGUGCUAUCUAGUCUUGUUGAGGCGUAAAGUUGACCAUGAAGAUAAAAUGGACAUUCCUGUAUUUUUCGGAUUUGUUGGUCUCUUCAACUUUCUUCUUCUUUGGCCAAUGUUCUUUCUUCUCCACUACACACAUUGGGAGUCGUUUGAAUGGCCAAACAAACACCAAUGGACUUUUCUUCUCAUUAAUGGACUGGUUGGCACAGUGUUCUCUGAAGUUUUGUGGCUAUGGGGCUGUUUUCUGACAUCGUCGUUGAUAGCGACUGUAGCAAUGAGCCUGACAAUUCCGAUGUCGAUGUUGGCCGACGUGCUGUUCGAGAGGGUGCACUACCCUGGCCUCUUCUACCUCGGGUCGCUGCCGAUGGUCCUAUCCUUCAUCACAGUUACCAUUCUAGCACACUACGAGAACCACGACCCUGUCCUCGAGGGCCUCAGACGGCUCUUCUCGUGUUGGUGUUCGAGAGGAAGACCAAUUAGGAUUUCGGAGUGUGAAGUGGAACAAACCGAGUCACUCAUAGGAAUCAAUGAUAGCGCUGAUCACGAAGCCUGAAAUAGUAUUGCCAAGUAAAUUAAGGGAUUUUUACGUCUGUGAUUGCAAUGGAAAUUCUUGAUAGUUUGUUCCUGUAAUUUGGAUUAUUGUACUUUUUAUAACUGUGACUAUGUUUUAUUAUUUUGUCAGACUUAAUCUAGAACAUUGGGUUAGAAAAACUUUAUCAACAGUAUUCAAUUAUUCAGUAUCAAAGUACAAAAUUCAAAGAGAUGCUUAGGUCAGUAUUCUUUGUACAGUAAAAAAUAUGGAGUCAUUAGAUUGAAGUGAAAUUCCGAAUUGAACAUUUCCCAAGGGUGAAUGAGUAACUGGUCCAUCCAUAUCUAUUCUAAGCAAUAGUAAAUGACCUUAAUAUAAAAAUUAAUUGACACGUUUUGUUAUCCAUUGUGAUUAAACUAUUGGAAAUGUAAAACCCACCAA